AUGAUCAAGGAGUUGUACCAACCGAUCGAACCGAAGUCGCACCGGCCGAGCUACGCCAAUAAGGCAGUUCACCUGAGCAGCGCCAAGUGGGAGCAGAUGUGGAAGAAGGUCACCAACCCAACUGAGAAGGAAACGGAGGUGCUGUGUCAGCAGGAGCGCGAGUUUCGUGAGUAUCUCCGGAACGGUUCCAAGAAGAUGACCAGCACCUGGGAGAACACGGUGCAGAACAUUCGCGACAAGAAGGAAGCUGAACGUUUGCGCCGUGAUAAAGCUAAGGUUGAAGAAGACCAACGGCACUACCGCGAACUCAAAGCGGCUGAUGAGGUGAAGCGGCGAGAGUUGAUUCAGAAGGCGGAGGAUCUCAUCCAAAAGGACAAGGUAGGUCCACGCGUCCUCGAGAGUGCCGCCAAGUUCUGUGAGGUGCUAAAGGGCCGCGAGCUGCAGCGACAGUUCCGUUCGGAGCAAGACCAACUGCUGCAACUGCGCAAAGCGUCCGUGGACUCGCAGGCACUUUCGCAGGCAAAUCAUUGGCUAAAAUCGCACGGUGACCGGCUGCUCGAGGAUCGGCAACGUUUCGACAACUACAAACGCGAGCUAAAGGAGACGAUGCUACGCAAUCAGCAGCGCCAGCGUCAGCACAAGCAGGAUCUGAUCGCGGAGGAGCAACAAAGUCUGGCCGUGAUCGAGGGUGAACUUCGUCGUCAUCAGGAUCGCGAACGACAGGCGCAGGACGAAAGCAAGGAGCUCAGGCGCACGUGUGCCCUCGAGGCAAUCCGCAUGGCCGAAGAUCGGCGAGCACGGUUACGCCGCGAGUCCGAGAUCGAGGAUGCGUUGUUGCAGAUCUACUGCGAUGGGCAGCAGAACAUCGCCGGUUUCCGGCAGGGUGUGCACGCUGGCAAGCACCGUUUCCGGGACAACUCGUACCAGCUGACGGAUGCGAUCGAGCGGCAACGUGCGUCCCUGGCGCAGGAGGAGCGCAUUCAGCAGCGAGCGGCCGAGGAAAAGGAUCGUAUCGCCGCGAUCAAGGAACGGGAACAGACCGAACAACAGCGCCAACUGAGGGCCGCUCGAAUGCAGGCCCAUUUGGAUGAGAUCGAGUGGCAGAGACAACGUGAGGCUGAGGAAGCGGUGUUGACACGCCGCGAGUAUGAGGAAAGGCUGCGUAACAUCGACGUGACGUUUGGAUUCGACCGGCACCAGGCGGUGGAUCGGACUACCCGUGCUCACGGUCAGCGUAAACUGCUGCUUGGCCAGAUGGUGGAGAAAGAGGUUCGUGAACGCCGAGAAGCGGACACCGUGGCUGAGCUGCGGUAUGCACGAGAUCACGCGGAUAAGGAGAACAAGCACUUCCUGCAGUACGCGCAGGACCUGAUUAGUGAUGCGAAGGUGAAGGGCCGUCCGAUCCUGCCACUGUUGAAGACCGUGCAGAGCUACAAACGGGAGCACUUUCACGAUUUCAAGGACGCGGACGUUGUGCCGCAACACCUGCUGUCACGCGUGCCCAUCAACAACAAGCUGAUGGAGCAGGGCUUGCUGGAGGCGAUUCCACCGCUGCAAAAGGCGCUCGUACUGCCAAAACGUGUACCACCGGGAAAGGCGCUUGGGGCACUCGCAAAGGACGAGUCGGGCGAGAAACAGAGCGGUCCUGAGCAGGACGGCAAAAGUGCUCCCGAGGAACCGAAAGGUUGA